UCCGAACAGUGUAGCAAAAUAGCCUUUCCAGUACUUUGUUUACGUCCGGUUGGUUAGCUGACAGCUGGUGUGGCUUGUUAGUUGCAAAAAGAAAAAUAAAGGAAGAAAGGGAAAAAACCCAUUAGUGCGUUUCUCGUGCGGAUGCCUUGACUUUAAGACGGAAAGCCACGAUAUCUGUGGAUGCUGAUCAUGGAAUGUUUUGUUGAGUGAGGGCGCCCCGCUUCGAUGCCGACAGGAGGAUGAGCUCCAUCACCGGUCGGGUUCUCGCCAUCGCCGCCGUCUCUGUUACCAACUCUGGAGCUUCAUCAUCUCGAUCCUUGCACGUCGAGCUCACAUCCCAGCAGAGACGAUUGCGUCAUCUCCGGAGUAUCGCUGCAAGAAAUAUUGUCAAUAAGAAUGGCUCUCCUCUACUGGACACAUACUUCACCCUCCAUCUCUGUAUAGGAAAUCGCAUUUCUAGUGAUUUUUACAAGAGUGAAGUCAUACGUGACUCACUGAAUCCUACUUGGAGGAGUCUGGACUUUGGCAUGUUGCCGGACCUUCUGGACACCUCGGUGUCUUGCUUUGUGGUGAGGAUCUGGGGAGGACAGGAUGCACAGUACCAGCUCCUCAUAGAAUGGAAAGUUAAUCUCGAUGGCCUCCGGUACACAGGGCAGCAGAUUCGAUCCAGGAAUACAAAUGAAAUCAUAUUUGGGUUGAAUGAUGGCUACUACGUGGCUGACUUUGACCAUAAGGAUAAUUUGGAACGUAAGAAAAAUAGUCUACUUCAAGUCGACCAGAGCUCAGUCAGAAAUUCCUACAGUGUUUUCUCCUUGCUCAGGCUCCACACAGCCCAAAGAGCCAUCAAACAGACCCAAGUGACAGUGCAAAAGAUCGGGAAGGAGAUUGAGGAGAAACUGAGAACAACAGCAACAUGCACAGUGCGGAAAAAAGAGCGGGAGUGCAUGCAGCUGCGUUUAGCUGUGCUUCAUAGUGAACUGCAGCGGCAGAGGAAGGCUCUUGGCAGAGAAAUAGAUUUGCGGCAGAAGGACAUGGCACAGCUUCAGAAGAAAGGGGAAUUGUAUUCUGCUCAACAUGAAAGUCUGAAGGAGGAGAGAGAAUCCUUAACUAUGCUGCAUAAGGAAUGUACGGCCAAGAGAGAGCAGUUCCUGAAGUUCAAUGCCCAGCUCACCUUCCGCUGCCGCCAGCUUCUUUCUGAGCUUUCCUACAUUUAUCCCAUUGAUGUGGCAAAUCCGUCAGAUUAUGUUAUCUGCGGUGUAAAGCUGCCAAAUUCUGAAGACUUUCAAGCAAAGGAUGACGGAAGUGUGGCAGUUGCCCUGGGGUACACGGCACACUUGGUUCUGAUGAUCUCGUGCUUCCUGCAGAUCCCACUUAGGUAUCCAGUCAUCCACAAGGGUUCACGCUCCUCCAUCAAAGACACCAUCACUGAUCGACUUACUGAGAAGGAGAGAGAAUUCCCUUUGUAUCCCCGAGGAGAGCGGUUUCAUUUUGAAUAUGGUGUCUACUUGCUCAACAAGAACAUUGCUCAGCUAAGAUAUCAACAUAGCUUGACGACCCCAGACCUGCAGCAAACUCUACCCAACCUCAAGAACUUUCUGGAGCACGGCUUGCUUGUCCGAUGUGACCGACACCAUGUCUCCAGCUCCAUCCCAGUACCAGCCAAGUCUCACCUCGGCGUGCCUACCGCCUCGGAGGUCACCUACCCACCGCACACCAGCUCCCCAGACCGGGGCCUGAGGAAGAGAGCAAGCUCAGAGGCUGACAAGUACAAGACGAAACCUCCGCCCAGUUAUGGCACCGCCGUGGGGGAGCAGCCAGCCACGAUAGCCCAAACAAUGCAAUCAUCUCCGCCUAAACUCUUGUCUUCCUCCCUGGAUGCCAACAUGGCCUCACUUGACCUCACCGAGCCCACUGAGGCCAAAGAGGAGGAAAAAACGAUCGAGGAGGGUCGCGGUGCAGCCGCCGAGGUGGAGAAACACAUCAGUACUGACAGAGAAAUGAAAGUCCACAAUGAUCAGACUGAGGAGCAAAAACCUCGCAACUCUUCUCCACUAGGGGACAUCGGUGAGGAGCCAGUGGCGGCAAGUCAGCAUGCAGGUGUCAGUAACGGCUCUCUGGUGCCAGGACCGGUAACAUGCUUGAUUCCAAGUCCCAGUCCGUGCUGCUCAGUGGAGCAAGCCGAGGAGAUCAUGGGGAUCGAGGCUACCAACUUGGGCCUGGGAAUUGGUCUACGGGUGGGUUUAGAGCUCGCGGAGGAGACCAGGAUGGAAGACUACCGCUGUAUCCCAGUGGACCAAGCGAUAGCUGUGGAAUGUGAUGAGCAGGUUCUGGGGGAGUUGGAUGUCGCUGGCUUUGAGGAGUUCUCCAGACGCAUCUACGCCCUGAAUGAGAACAUGUCCAGCUUCCGACGACCUCGCAAAAACUCGGACAAGUGAGGCAGUUGACUGGAGGAGGAAGGCAGGCAUAGGAAGAAGAAAAAUUUGCACAAGGAUUUUGGUCACAAAUAAGGCAGGGAUGUGAAGUGAGAGGAGAAUGAUGGAGCUAUUCUGGAAUAACGACCGAUUUGCACUUACUAUAAAAAAAAAUUCCAAUGCAUAUUUUAAAAUGAAAUGCAGUUACACGUGCAAGUAUCGGGACAGCUGGCUUUUUUUUUUUUAAGAGCUGGCAUUAAUAUAUUUUAACAAAGGAACCAAUAAUAUUGAUCAUUCAAUCCAUUUUAUUCAUAAAAUAUUGGACCUCAGUAUGAACCAUAUCUUCUAUGAACGAGUGUUUUGUAUAAAAAGCACCAUUCACGAGAGACAUGCACUCAUCCAGUGAGCGACAGCAGUUGCGAUUCCGAACAAUCGGUCACUGCAGAAACUCACAACAAUCUACUUUUCAUACUAACAUACCUCAGGUUUAACUUCCACCAAACAGGUUUUUGCACGCUUCACUGUUAUUACUCUUGAACGGUCAGACCAUCGGCACAUACCCUGUUUUUGAUCUCACUCGUGGAAUUGAUUGUUAAUUGCAUCGUUGACCAAUUGUGGCAACAAAAAAAAAAAGAAAUGCAUCACAUUGGGGCAACCAGCAAAGCAUUAUUGCACCUAUUACAACACUUGUAUGGAAAUAGGAGUUAAGAACAUUCUGAAAGCGGUUCACCCAACCAAUGAAAUAUGAAAAACAAAUCACCAUUAUUUGUAGUUGAUCAAAUCACUGUCCCGCCAAUAACCUUCAAACAAAAGGGAGGUGGUGACUGGAAUGAGCUUUUCAUCCCCAUCCACAUGGCAACCUGCCCGCUGAUAACCUCACCUGCACCAUCAUGAUUGUCUUUUUUUUUUUUGUCAUGUGUUCCCCAGUGUUGACAUUGAUGGUGAAAUACACUGAUUCGUAUUUAGUAGACAUCAAAGGUUGUGGUUCGACAUGUCUGUAAUCAGUUGGAGUAUCUCACUCGGGCUCAAUUGCAAGUGUGAUAUUAAGUAUCUCCAUUCAUCGAGGAUUUUCAUCUCAGUGAUUGGAAAACUUUCUUGCACCAGUAUGCAGAAAAAACAUGUUUAUCUAUGUCCUUCUAAUGUUUUGUAUUUAAUUUUUCAGAUCAACUCGAAGGUUUGUGUUCUAACCCCUAAAUUAAAAAUAAUGUACCGGUAUAUUAUAAAUGAUAUCACAACCAAUGUGUUGGUCCUCAAUGUGGACAUUGGCAGUGUAAAGAUGGUCCACUGGCUGCCCACGUUUCAUUUCAGCUCCAGUUUUGUCCCAAUGGACGUUUAGGAGAUAUUGUGUGUAAAAUGACAAAAUGAACCAUGUUAAGAUAAUUUCCAUAGACUGCAAGGUGGUUAAGUAAGUAACCAUGUACAUAUACUUUUGUAUGGGUUUCUUUUUGUUAUUAAAGACUUGCAGUCCA